UCUCGCUUGGUUUAUUCAUCUAUUUGGCAACCUAGGAAGACUGAACCAGCACUCAACUCUUCCUCACCACUCCAGAUGUGUCUGUAAAAGCUUCCUUGUCUCCGGCAUCCCUGCAACAAGCUCUAAAGAUUUCAAUCUCUCCGAAAGGAUUGCGAUCUUCAGCAGUAAAAUUUGGUAUAUUGUUUGGAUCUCAAGAGAAGAGAUCAAGAAGAUACCUCGUGUGGUGAUAAAUGGCUGCUUCGUGGAGCUUCUCUGAGGACAAGGAGUUUGAGAACAUGAUUGCGGUGCUGGACCAUGAUGGCGAGAAUUGGCUCGAGGAGCUCGCCGCAGGUGUCCCGACUAAAAGCGUCGAGGAGGUGCGAGACCACUACCUUGACCUCGUCUCGGACGUCGACCUCAUUGACUCCGGCCUCUGCGAGGGUCAUCACUACUUUGCGGAGGGGGAAUUAGGGUUUCCCAAAGAUGUUAAUAGCAAUAGCUCGGCUUCAGCGGAGGUGGUGGCGGCGGAGGAGGAAGUGAUGAUUGACGUCGAGACUGGGUUGACGCUGGCGGAGUUGAAAGAGGUGAUGGCGCUGCUGGGAGAUGAAGAAGAAGGUGCAGAGAAGGAGGUAGGAGGGACGUCAUCAUCAGAGGCAGCACCGGAUGCGGCGGCUGUGGCAGAGGUGGAGGCAAGGAAGAGGGUGGUUAAGGCGGCGGCGUCCGUGACCAAGGGGAAGAGUUGGACUGAGGAAGAGCACAGAAUGUUCCUGAUGGGUCUAAGUGUCUACGGGCGUGGAGAUUGGCGGAACAUUGCCAAGUACUUUGUCACCACAAGAACUCCAACUCAAGUGGCUAGUCAUGCUCAAAAGUACUACAACCGAAUGGAACGCAGCUCCAAGGGGAUCAAGCGCCGAGCAAGCAUACACGACAUCAGGAGCAUCACACCUCUACAGAAGUUAGCACAUAUGAGGAGCCUAUUCUCGGCAAUGAAAAGGAACAAACUUUGCAAUAAGACCAACAAUGUUCUAGAUCAGGCAAGUGCAUACAACUUACAGGAGAGUAGGGAAGGUGCUUCUUCAUCUCUAGCCAAUGCUGAAGAGGCAUCAUCAGCAUGAAUCACUGCAACCUGACAUAUACUAAUUACAAAGAAACAUGUGAGAGGGCGGCAGUAGAGUUUGACAUUAAAAUAGUUGUCUGCAUGUAAAAUACUCUAUGUAUUGAGGACAAUAGUAUAAUUUGGCAUGUAACA